AUGUAUUCAUAUUAUAUAUUAUUAAUCACACUCAUUGUUGUUUGCUUCUCCAACAACAACAAUGGUGUAGUGGUCAAUGCUCAACAAGCACAUGCUGAAUGUUUAUACUCACAUUCAUUGCCCGACGACUCGAUCCUGUUGCCAGACUCCACUGGACGAUCGAUGUUCCACGACUUUUUUGGCAACACAGAGUCGAAUGGAUUCUCGACGAUCGAUUCAAUGUACGCCAAGCCCAACACCACAUGUGACGUGCUGCCCGACGCCAGCUCAUAUUGGAUACCCGCACUCAAGGUCAAGGGCAUGAUCAUUCGUCCAAGCUACACCAAGAUCUACUACCAAGGUGGCAACAGCUCCUUCUACCCCGUGUCUGUCAUGCCCAGAGGUCUGCAGAUCAUCGCCGGCAAUCCAAAGAAUACUGGACGUGCUCGCGGCGUAUGGUUCUUGUGCAAUGGCUAUAACCGCGACCCUGUGAAGUACUGCCCGGCCAGUCCCGACACCUACAACGUCACCCAGUACAACUUCAACCUGAUCUUCCCCAACUGCUGGGACGGAGUCAACAUCCGCCCCAACUUCACCUACAGGAACGCAGUGUUUGACGACAAAAACAUCGAGGGCAAGUGUCCACCCGACUACCCCGUGCGCAUUCCCACGCUCAACAUGCAGAUCGCCUACUACCUCAACGAGACUGAUCUGUCCGACGCACAACUGUCCCUCAAUCCUGUGGUUGUCAAUGGUACAUGGACCUACCCAUGGGCCAGCCUGUACUCGGCCCACGCCGACUUCUUCAAUGCUUGGGACGAGGAGUCGAUGAAGUACAUGGUGGAGGAGUGUCUAAACAAGAACCGCAGCUGUGAGAACAGGGUGCCACGCGUGUACGGUCCCGCCGACGCCACAUUUGCCAUGGUGAACAACAAGAAGGUCAACACUCCCGUGCUCCAGAUCAACAAUGACAGCAUCCCAUUCAUCAAGAUCACGAUACCCGAUCGCCUCAAGGGUCUCAGCUGGGCCUCUGGCAGAAUCGAGAUCAAUUGCCAAAACAACAACCUCACUGCCUUGCCCGACUUUAUCAAUGUCUACCAGGUGACUGCCGAGUCCUUUGCCAGCUCAUCACCAGUGUGCCCAAACAAGAACAGAGUCAGUGGCAUCUACUUGGAUGGAGAACUUGACUACCGUGGCAUUGACAUCACCGAUAUCGUACGCAAUGCCACCGUCAAUGGCGUCAAGGAGUUGUACUUCUGUCUCAGAUCAUCGGAUGGCGUGGAGACAUACUCAUUCGAAUCGAUGAAUGGCCUAACUGGUAAAUUGCCACGCAUUCUCUUCAUGGAUCCUGGAAAGAAGAUCAUUGAGCAGCCACUCCCAGGUCUCGUGCCAUACCUCUAUGUCGACCCACCCCAACCAAAGCCAAACACUGGUGCAAUCAUGAUGCCAUCUCUGGCGAUCACAUUUGUCUCUUUGUUGUUGGCUAUUAUAAUUUAUUAA